AUGGAACAACAUUCCACCGAUUCAUCGACGCUGAGACGUCGCAGAGGAGGUGCUACUGCAGCAGACACGAAGGCGCCUCCUGCUCCACGAAGACAGAGGCGGAGAGGAUCGGUAAUUGUCAAGCAUGUCUGGCCCUACUACAUCUGGUUCGAGGGCACCUUCAGCCUGGCUAUGCUCGAGUUUUGGGAAAAGUGUCUCUUCUUCGCAAUCUUUUCGGCCCUCACCUUGCUCGUGUCCUACUACCUCGUCUUUCACCUUGCCGCCAAUGCUCGCUUCAUCCUCAAACGCACCAUGUACUACCUCUUCGGCUGA